AUGGAGUCUAAACUGAGGCAAGCUGAAGAGAAUCUACAUGCCAUAGAUCUAAUUGCUGAGAGUAGAGACCUGGAUGAGGUUAAAGGUAGAAGGAGAAGAGAGGAACCUGCUGAGGUCAAACAAGUUGUGUAUGAUCACUUCAGGUUAAGUUUCUCCGAGUACUGGAAGUAUAGACCCAAGCUUUUGGGCCCGUUUAACGUCAUUGCACAAAGCCAGCAUUUUUAUUGUUUGGAUGUGGAAUUUUCUAAACAUGAAAUUUGGGCGGCGGUGGCAGGCUGUGAUGGGAAUAAGGCACCGGGGUCGAAUGGGUUUUACACGACUUGCUAUCAAAAAGGGUGGAAAUUUAUGAAAACUGAUAUCAUCACUUUUGUAAAGGAAUUUUUUGCUAACAGCAGUUUGGUUGGGGGUUUAAAUAGCUCAUUUAUUACCUUGGUCCCUAAAAAAGACGAUCCUAUUGGUAAUGCUCAAGCUGCAUUUCUAGGGGGUAGGAAUAUACUGGGUGGUAUAUUGAUAGCCAAUAAGGUGGUGGAUUGGUGGAAAAAAUCAAGAAGAAAGGGCCUGGCACUAAAGUUGGAUUUCCAAAAAGUAUAUGAUACAGUCAAUUGGAACUAUCUUUUCCAAAUGCUAUCAAAUUUUGGGUUUAGUGCUAAGUGGGUGAAUUGGAUUUGUUCCUGUCUUUCCUUAGCAAAAAUCUCUAUGUUGGUCAAUGGUUCACCCACUCUUGAAUUUUUCCCUCAAAAAGGGCUUAAGCAAAGUGAUCCCCUAUCACCUUUAUUAUUUAAUGUGCUGGCUGAGGGCUUAAACCUACUUCUUGCAAGAGCAAAAGGGCUGGGUUUGAUCAAAGGUGUAAUCAUUGGGUCAAAUGCCAUAAACAUCUCGCAUCUCCAAUUCGCGGAUAACACAAUUAUCUUCUGUGAAGCUGAGUGGUCUGAAGUGCUAACUGUGAAGAGAAUACUUCGAUGCUUUGAGGAUCUGGGUUGA